AUGUCCGCACUGGUGCAUGUUCUGAUUCCACUUUUACUUUGCGUGGUUUUGGUGAACACGGAUCUUUUUGACGCAGUUCUGGUGGACACGUCGUACGAUCACUAUGCGGAGAAACGAGUGGCGCAGCUUCCUGUGUUCCUGGCCAUGCCGUUCAACUGCGUGGUGAACGUGGGCUACACGAUCGUGGGGAUUUACUGGUUGUUCUGGCGCACAGACGGCCGCCGCAGUGCUGCUUAUAUGAAGGACGUGUUUGCGCUGAUGGCGCUGGUAUACGGACCCCUGCAGUGGAUCAGACUGGCCACUUUGCGCCGUGCGCCCUCCGUGCUUGACCAGUGGGUCACUUUGCCCAUUUUCGCCUGGGUGCCGGUGUGGUGCAGGGUCAUCGUGCACGGCUGGUCCACGCGUUUUGCCCUGAUGGUGGAGUUGUGCUCGGUUCUGAGUUAUGCAGCAGCCCUGGUUUGUGCCCGGGGAUUUGAGCUGGUCCUCGGUGCGCACAUCGCGGUCGCGGUUCUGCACGCCGCAUCGCUCCAGCGCACUUUGGGUGACCGGGUAUCACUGCGCUAUUUCACUCUGGCCGCUCUUUCCUGCGCUGGGUUUGUCGUUUUAAAACUACUGGACCACGAACUGGCGCAAUUCUGGAUCUUCCAAAAGUUCACUGGACAUUUCUGGUCCAAAGUUUGCGACAUUAUGCAGUUUCACUACAGCUUCUGCUUUUUUACGCACUUCGCGCAAAGUGCGCACAAACGCACCUCCUAAAACCUCAACCACUGAAUAUCAGGACAAAUGGACUGUAAAAGUGUCCUACAUUUAAUAUACACCGAUCAGCCAUAAGAUUAAAACCACCUCCUUGUUUCUACACUCACUGUCCAGUUAAGCACUUUGUAGCUCUACAAUUACUGACUGUAAUCCAUCUGUUUCUCGACAUACUUUGUUAGCCUGGCUGGUGGUGGUGGUGUGUUUGAUCCCCAGGCGAGGCAGUCUGGGUCCUUUCUGUGUGGAGUUUGCAUGUUCUCCCCGUGUCCGCGUGGGUUUCCUCCGGGAGCUCCGGUUUCCUCCCACAGUCCAAAAACAUGCAGCCAGGCUAAUUGGAGACACUGAAUCGUCCUAUAGGUACCUGGCCGCCAGGAUGCAUAAACCAGUGCAUUGUAGUGCCGGUCCCAAGCCCGGAUAAAUAGGGAGGGUCGUGUCAGGAAGGGCAUCCGGCGUCAAAACUGCGCCAAAUCAAUGAUGCGUAUCCCACAGUCCAAAGACGUGCAGUCAGAUUAAUUGGAGAUACAAAAUAGUCCAUGACUGUAUAACCAGUAACUCCAGUAACAUUACAUCCUGUAAUGAAUGUAACCAAAGUAAAAAAAAGUGUGAGGUUAAAAUCCUAAUAAAUAAAUAAAUGCUAAUCAUAAUACUUAGUAAAACAUAAUAAAAAAUAAAUGCAAACCUGUAUGAAUAAAUAAGUGUAGUUUUUCAUUCAUUUGUUCAUCUUUACUAACCACUUAAUCUUGGUCAGGGUCCCUGUGUGCCUAACACCACUCAUAAAUAAUGGUUACUGGGCAGGGAGACUGGAUAUAGAAUAGAAGAGAGACCAGUACAGCUGUUGUAUACUAUAAUAAUUGUCAUAUUAAUUGUUUUUGUGAUUGUGAAACCAUUUAAUUAAAGCAGAUUUUUUAGAUGUG